AGGGAUCCAUAUUUUGCUCCAUAAACUCUUGUAUUAGGUCGCUUACACAUCCCAGAAGUGCACCACAUAAUUUAUUUCAUAUUUAUAUGCACAGCCAAAAAAAUGCAAGUUUGGCAUAGGGCGUUUAAUGAUUAAAUACAAGGUAACUAAACUUCGAUUCCAGACGGCUCUACAUGCACAUACACAAAUAAAUAUCGAUACAUAUCACGACAAUCACGGCACAUUAACUAAAACUGGACGUCGUUCUACCAAACAUACAAAUGAAUUGAAAUCAGAUGUAAGUAGUGAUCAGUAGGAUCGAUUACGUAUCGCACGUGUAUUCUUGUGAUCGCUUCUGAUUCUUGAGUACUGUUUGGCGCCGAAACUGUAAACCUGAAAAGUUUGCUGCUACAGUUUGUGCUAUAGGUACUUGCUAAUGUGUAUCACUUACGCACGAUGCCUAGCUUACAUGAUUUAUGUGAAAAAUACUUUCAAAGUAGAGACUUAUAUGAAGUUUUGAAGAUUCCUAACAUCGCAAAUCAGAAACAAGUUCGAAAGGCAUAUCACAAGCUAUCAUUAUUGGUUCACCCUGACCGAGUAGAAGAAAAAGAGAAAAUAGAAGCCACUGAGAAAUUCAAAGUUUUGGGAAAGAUACAUUCUAUUUUAAGCGACAAAGAGAAAAGAGCCAUUUAUGAUGAAUCAGGUGACUGUGAUGAAGAGAAUGAUGACAUUGUGGAGAGGGAUUGGAAUGAAUACUGGAGGAUGCUAUUUAAACCUAUUACUGUGAAAGAUAUUACUGAUUAUGAGAAGAAGUACAAAGGCUCAGAGGAAGAACUUGGUGAUCUGAAACGAGCUUAUUUGGAUGGAAAAGGAGAUAUGGAUUUUAUAUUGGAGGCUGUGCCAUUUUCUCAUACUGAUGAGGAACCAAGACUCAGAGAACUUAUCCAGGGACUGAUUGACAAAGGAGAUGUACCAGAGCACAAGGCUUUUACAGAUGAGACACCCAGGAAACGAGAACGAAGGAAGAGAAAGUGGGAAAAAGAAGCCCAGGAGGCAGCAAAGCUGAAGCAGGAAAAGGAUGAUGUGGAUCUUAGCAUGCUGAUUCAGAAGAAACAGCAGCAGCGUGCUACAGAAAUGAACUCUUUCUUUGACAUGCUGACUGAGAAAUAUGGGGGAAAGUCUGCUGGGAAGAAGACAUCCAAGAAGAAGAAGUAGUAAUACUAAAUUAUAAACAUAUAAUGUAAUAUAAUUCAAUCUGUGUUAAAGUAAUAUUUUGUACCAAAAUAAUGGCAUGUGUAAUGCAAGUUUACAAAAUGCUGUAGUGGCACGUACUUGGUUCUUUCAAUUUGUUAAAUUCUGUUACAACUCUGAGAAAAUACACGUUUCAUGUAAGAAUUUCUAGCUUCAUUUUCAUGUGAUGUACAUGUAGUGAUGA